AUGGAAGAUAACAACAUGGAACAUAACGAAGUGAACAAGACGACUACUGGAGAAGUGAAGUACAGAGGCGUACGGAAACGGCCGUGGGGGAAAUACGCGGCGGAGAUCCGGGAUUCCGGCCGGGGACAGGGGGCUAGGGUCUGGCUCGGGACUUUCGACACGGCCGAGGAGGCAGCUCAGGCCUACGACCGGGCCGCCUACGCGAUGAGAGGCUCAUUGGCCAUCCUCAAUUUCCCUCGUGAUUACUCCGCCGGAAAACUUCCCGGCGAGUCUAUCCACGGCGGAGAUGUUGCCGCUGGUGCCGGCGUGGGGAAGGAAGUGAUAGAGUUCGAGUGUUUGGAUGACAGAUUAUUGGAGGAGCUUCUGGAACAUGGAGAGUGUAUCGGCAAAGGCAAUUCGAACAAAGAUUAA